AUGCCCCGUAAAGAAAAAUCAAGCCUAAAUCUCAUGGUGGUCGGUGCACCGGGAUCGGGCAAAACGUCUUUUCUGAACACUUUGUCCUCCCAUCUAAACACUUAUGGGCAUGGUAUUACAAAACCUAGUCAGACCCAGUCUGACCAUUUGUUUCGUACUACUCAACUACAAUGGCAAGACAACAAAAACCUGAUCUCGCUAACUUUGGUUGAUACGCCCGGCUUUACCGAAACAGUAUUGGGCUACCAAGCGCACUACACUAAAAAGUAUUUAGAGCAUCAGUUUGACAGAGUUUGGAUGGAGGAAGUCAAACUUAAAAGAAAUACAAAAGUCCAAGACACUCGGAUUCAUGUCUGCCUCUAUUUUAUUGAUGCCUCUAUCACCGACUUUAGUCCCAUGGAGAUUUUGCUUUUAAGAGAAAUAGCUGCGCAUGUAUCUGUGGUACCUGUCUUGGCCAAGUCAGACCUUCUUUCUCCCGAAGAAUUGGCCGAAAAAAAGCAGUUUAUCCGGAACUUGCUCUUUGAUACCUAUCAAAUACCAGUAUACGGGUCUAGCCAUAUCGAUACUGUCGAGGAAGACAUAAUGGAUUGGUGCGUUCCUGACUUGACGACUCGCAAGUCUACCUGGAGACCUCUUAAAAGCUACGUAGAAUGGCUUGACCAACAACACAACGAAAACGAUGAAAUGGAAGAAGCAGGUCAAUUAAAAGACUAUCUCGAGCAGAUGCCAUUUUCUGUCACUUUCCCUAAAUCUCUUGAAUGCUCUAUAAGUUCAGAAGAACCAAGUCCUGGUAUAGACUACAGUGAAACUAUGGAUUUAAUCCAACUUCUGUUGGCGAACAGAGAUAGCUUUCGUCACAAAACAAAUGCAUACUUUUAUGAGAAAUACCGUACUCAAAAGAUAUUUGACGAACGUACAGAUCAGCUUAUGGCAGUCCAUUCCUGUGACUGA